GUCGAGGUGGUCAUAAAUCUCGUAAUCUCGCGCCAUCUGCCAAUUUUUUCGCCCUCCAGAAGUCGUGUAACUCUCACAAAGAUGCAUUCCAAAGCCUACAAACAUUUACUGGUGUUCCUAGUGCUAGGUAUUGCCUCUGCCACAAGCUUCUGCAAGUAUCCGGACAAGCCGACUCUCCAUCAGUGGGGCCAAACGAACUGCGAAAAAUGGAAGAAGGGGUUGUCUAGAGAGUAUUGUGCAGAUACUGUUGGUCAGGCUACAUGCCCAGGAACUAAUAGAUACAUCUGCUCGGGCCGGACAUAUACAUAUGAAGAUCCAUCUACUGGGAAGAGCGAAACUGGUUUCGCACCGGCCUGCUACUUUUUUAAAAAAUAGCCAAAUCAUUUUUUAGGCAACAGCUAUAUGUCACUGGUUGACAAGAGAGCGACGGUCUCGCUUCUCUGUCAUUAAUUCAUCCAUUGCUCAUGCCUGUGCUUCUCAAGUGCGCCUGAUGCGGAUGCAAGAAGUAACACUCUCGAAAGGGGCCGGUUGCCGCUAUCGCUUUCGAAUCACCAUACUCGCGCUGUCUAGCAUCCUCGAUGACACAGCUAAGGAUAUUCCACUUACGCGUUCGACGAUGCUGCCUGCAUAUCGUGCGGCGAUCCGAAGCAUUUCUCUCGGAGCAGCCCGCAUGGCACACGAACACGGAUAUCGUAGCAAUUCCAUAGGUAAAGAACGAGCUGUGCACGACUCGGGUUUAUCAUGAAAUUAUCCAUUCCGAAC